ACGAAAUCAAAACAUCUAGUCUGACCCUUUCCAACCGCCUGUGCAUGACAAGAUGCUUAUAGAAGACCAGAGAUUCCUCCACGAGGACCUGGAACGCCUUGAGCAAGCCAUCACAGAGCGAGUGUCUGAAGAUCCCAGAAAUAUCAAAGACCGGUUAAAUAGAGACCACCAGAUCAAUGGCUUCCUUACGCGAAUACAAGAUCAAUCCAAAAGACUGCUAGACAUUUACAAAGAUGCAGAGGGACUGCGAUCCAAAGAAGUGCAGAGUUUAACAACUGGCGAUCCAUUCGAAGAAUUUUACAAACAGUUUGAGGAUGUCAAAGAUUUUCACCGCAGAUAUCCCAAUGAACCCGUCGAAAACCUGGAGCGCGCAUAUAAGCGCCGUCGCGCCGAAGAAGGCGAGCCCAUUGUUUCCGAGAUUGACAACAUGUUCACCGGCGAAGAGUCCAACGGCCGAUUCCUUGACAUGACCACCUUACACGAAGACUACCUCAACCUCCCAGGGGUCAAGCGCCUGUCGUACCUCCAGUAUCUUGAUAAUUUUGACGCCUUCGAGCCCCCACGUCUUCCGAUCAAGCGUCAGAACAAAGUCACAGACACCUACCUCAAAUACGUGGCCGACCUCGCCAGCUACCUAGAAGGUUUCGUCCGGCGCACGAAACCCCUCGAUGAUCUCCCCAAACUGUUCCUCCGCCUCGAUCGAGAUUUCGAAACUGCGUGGGAAAACGGCACAGUGCCUGGAUGGGCAAAAUUACAAUCAAAGGAUGUUGCGACAGAUGGACCACAGACAGAAGGCACAGGAUCAGGAACAUGGUGUCCAGACUGCGAAAAGGAAUUCAACAACCCCAAUGUUUACAAAGCUCAUCUCACGGGCAAGAAACAUAUUCGCAACGCCGAAGCCAAAAAGUCACAAGCCAACGGCGCGGCCGACGACGCCACCAAGCCAUCAGGUCCAUCCUCAUCUCUCUCCGGAACCGCCCUGAAAGAACGAGUAAUCGCAUCGCACGAGUUUCGAAUCCGGGCACUCGCAGAUCUACUCUCCAACGAACGAUCCAACACACGCGUCAACGUCGAACGCAAACAAGGCAUGACAGAACGAGAGCGACAAGCCGAACUCGACGCCCUCUUCGCCGAAGACGACGCCGCCAUGAUAGCAUCCGACCGACGGGGCGACCCACGACACGGCGAAGACUCCGGCUCCGACUCGGACUCGGACGAAAAAGUCUACAACCCCUUGAAACUCCCUCUCGCAUGGGACGGCAAACCCAUUCCCUACUGGCUGUACAAACUGCACGGUCUCGGCGUGGAAUUCUCAUGCGAGAUCUGCGGUAAUUUCGUGUACAUGGGUCGACGCGCAUUCGACAAGCACUUUAGUGAAGGUCGACAUGUGUAUGGACUCAAGUGUCUUGGUAUUACGGGUUCCGGGGCUGGUGGAUUGAGUUUGUUUCGUGAGAUUACGUCGAUUCAGGAUGCGUUGACCUUGUGGGAAAAGAUCAAAAAGGAGAAACGGGAUAAGGAAUCGAAAGAGGAUGGUGUGGUUCAGAUGGAAGACGGGGAGGGAAAUGUCAUGCCAGAGCGGAUUUAUCUCGAUUUGCAGAAACAGGGCAUCUUGUAAGAGUAGGUAGGUACUGGGGGUCACUUGACAGCGUGUGACUACUUAGCCCUGGUGGGCGAGCGCUUGUUGCAUAUAAUACAAUAUGUAAUACUUGCAAUGAUGCAGUUGGUCAUUGUACCAGAUUACUC